AUGUUUAGCUUAUCGAACUCUCAAUACACCUGCCAAGACUACAUAUCUGACCACAUCUGGAAAACUAGCUCCCACUAA